CACACAUGCAUAUACACACACAGAUAGCAGGGGCGUGCCAUAAAAAAAACAGGAUGUGACAUCACUCACAGGGGGAAAAAAAGCCAAACAACUUUUUUUUCUAUUGUGCUUUUUUGUUCUGGGGAGUAAAGUUAGAGACUCUGGGACUGCUGGCAUCUGGGAAGGAGGGAGUGUCCACAAGAGCUGGAGGGGACUGAGCUGAACGUGCUGGAUUCCUGUCAGUCGGGAGUGAAAGUUGAGAAGCGGGCCUUCCCACGAUUCUACCCUGAAAUUCCAAGCCAUCCACAGCAGGACUUUCACCAGAUUGAUGUCCCUACUUACCCAGCCUGUGUCUUAGACUAACUCAACUCUGUGGCACAGAAGGCUAAAGAGGCUGAAACCCACAGAGGCUGAGCCACCUACAGUUCCACCUUGAAACAACAUUGUCUUCUGAAAGUAAAAAAAAACAACCUUUGUUCUUAUAAAACUCCCCAAAAGCUAUAAAAGUCCCUCCCUGGACCCCUUCCCUAUUUUCAAAAUAGAAGAGCAUGGCACUUUGUCUUGGACAAGUCUUCAGCAAAGACAAAACCUUUCGGCCUCGGAAGAGGUUCGAACCCGGGACCCAGCGCUUUGAGCUAUAUAAGAAGGCCCAGGCCUCCCUGAAGUCAGGCCUGGAUCUGCGCAAGGUGGUGCAGCUGCCCGAGGGGGAGAACAUCAACGACUGGAUCGCCGUGCACGUGGUGGACUUCUUCAACCGCAUCAACCUGAUCUACGGCACGGUCAGCGAGUUCUGCACCGAGCGCACCUGCCCAAUCAUGUCGGGCGGCCUCCGCUACGAGUAUCGCUGGCAGGACGGGUGCCUCUACAAGAAGCCCACCAAGCUGCCGGCCCUCAAGUACAUGAACCUGCUGAUGGACUGGAUAGAGACGCUCAUCAACAACGAGGACAUCUUCCCCACGCGAGUAGGAGUUCCCUUCCCCAAGAACUUCCAGCAAGUCUGCAAGAAGAUCUUGAGCCGCCUGUUCCGUGUCUUUGUCCACGUCUACAUCCACCACUUCGACAGCAUCUGCAGCAUGGGUGCCGAGGCCCACAUCAACACCUGCUACAAACACUACUACUACUUCAUCGUGGAGUUCAGCCUCAUCGAGCACUCGGAGCUGGAGCCCCUGAAGGAAAUGACAGAGAAGAUCUGUAACUGAGACCGCUGGGAGUUCCUGCCACACUACAGCAUGCACCGAUUGUUCUAGAGACUAUUGAUCAACAGCUUUAAUCCCAAAUGUUAAAACCAAAGAACUCUGGGUAAAUGGCUUUGAGGCUAUUUUGUUUCCUUAGUCUGGUGCAGUGACUGCAUAAGCCAGAGGACCAUUUUUACCUGUGCUUACACUCUUCAAUGGCGUAGUAAUUAAUACCGUAGCUGCUUUGUCAAAGCAUGUUUUACUCAUUUAUUAGCAUCUAUGCAUGCGUGUGAUACCACUAUGAAAUGUGUAGUGUUUUAUUUUUUUCAGAUUACUUGUACUGUAACUUCAUAUAGGGACCAAAUUCUGAGCCAAUGAUUACUGGUAGUAAGCUGAAUGGACAAACCAGGGUGAUGCAGAUACCUUCAUCUUGAGCAACAAAAUUUCUUCUGCCAAUGAAGCAUCGAUUUCACCCAACGAACAAUAUUUGAAAUAUAACAUUAGCUAACAUAACUUUGUGGGUGUCCUGCCCUGAAAUUAAUAGCUGUGAAAUACUGAUUUCAGUUACAUUAUUGUUCAGAAUGCAAACAAGUCUGUGCCUAAUUAAAUGCAAUCCAUGUCUGGACCAAAAAACCUUAUUGGACCAUAAAGUUGGUCAUAGAAUAUUUUCUAAAGAUAAAUCAGCAUUCUAAAGAGGUACCAUAUUGGUAAACCACUGAGUUGUUUAUCAUUUCAGUCCUUUCAGUGUCAAAAUGAGCUAGAUCAGUUAAAAACAUGUGAUGUUUAUGCUGUUUAUAGUGUUUUUUUCAGAUUCUGAUUCUGUUUUAAAUGCAUUCAAUUCUGUGUUUUCAGGUGAUGGCAUUAUAAUAAAUCUGUUGGUAUAUUACAAUACAGUUCAAAUGUAUUUAAACAUGAGCCAAUGUGGCUUAUCGCCUUUACAGUCACAGAAUGUUGUAAUUGUUGUGUGAUAUUUUCUAUUUGGUUGUGAACCACAAUAAAGACUGUUUCUACGUGUCUC